AACUUUGAGGUCGCCAUGAAGUCCGCGUUGUUUCUGUUGCGCUGGGCUCCGCUCGCCUUUGUGCUGUGCGUCCGGGCGGCUCGGGAGUGCGGACCGUGCGAGCCAGCCCAAUGUGCGCCUCUGCCGGCCACGGGAUGCGCCGUCGGUUCGGUCAUGGACGCGUGCGGCUGUUGCACGUUGUGUCUGGCUGCGGAGGGUGAGCGCUGCGCAGGCGGCAGAGGUGGCACGCCACGUUGCGGCGCCGGCAUGGAGUGCGUGCGCGGCGACAAGAAGAACAAAGUGGGUGUGUGCGCGUGCAAAAGCCAAGAUGAAGUGUGCGGCAGCAACGGGGUCACGUACGCGCACGUUUGUGCGCUCAAGAGCGCCGACGCGCAAGCGCAGCGAGAAGGACGGCCGCAAGUCGCCGUGCUCAACAAAGGGCGAUGCGCCGCAGCUCCCGUCAUUGUUACCCCUCCCGCUCGCGUCUUUAACGUGAGCGGCGCCCAGGUUUUCCUCAGCUGCGAGGCCACUGGCGUGCCCACACCCGUGCUUACUUGGAGGAAGGUGAUUGGGGGCAGGAAGAGGUUUUCCCUCCUUCCUGGGGACAGGGACAACCUGGCCGUCCAGACCAGAGGAGGCCCAGAGAAACAUCAAGUGACAGGCUGGGUUCUGAUCUCUCCGCUGACAAAAGACGAAGCGGGCACCUACGAGUGUCAUGCCGCCAACUCCAAAGGCGACGCCUCGGCCGUUGGUGAAAUUCGCCUGGUGGAUGAUACCCGCGACGUCAAGGUGGAGGCCAUUGGGGAUGUCAUGAUCAAAGAAGCGACGAUGGAGGAAGAACUGUGAGGCGCCGAUUGGCCGCCGCGGGAGACCCGUAUUGGACCUUUGCUCAUGCUGACCUUUCACCUUGACAUAUCCCAAGCAUGCUUUUCUCUGUCGCUUCGGCUUUAAUGGUAGAAAAUAGUUGGUGCUCGCAAAAAGUAUCUUAAGUGCGAGAUGGGAAUAAAGCUCACCUGCAGCGUG